CACACACUCCGCUCCCAUUGAAGCAGUGGACACAUUACUGGUGUUGUUGUUUUCGUGUUGGAGCUCGUGAGUCUGCAGAGAGGACUCUUAUUGUGGAGGGUGUGAACUCAGCAGGGGAGGAAUCUGAUUGGCUCCGAGCUCAGAGACAGGGGGUGAAAGCAACAGCACGGAAGAAAACAACAUUACAGAUUCAGACAUGUUACCAAAGACGCGUCUGGGGAAGCGCUCUCCUCUCGGGGCGUUGGUGAGCGCCACCUGCCCGACAGGUGAGACCGGCAUCACCGUGACAACAGCAGCAGGACAACAGGCCAUCAGCAGGGUCAAAGGUCAUCCUGGGCUGAAGGUGUAUUUUCAGUGUGGAGGUGGCGGGGAGUCGUCAGGUGCGGCGGAUCAGCUCGACUUCAUGCAGAGUGAAGUUUCCACCUGGCCGUCUUCUCGUCCCUCCGCGGUGCCUCCGUCCUGCAGCAGAUCUGUCUCCUCCUGCAUCGACGUCCCCAGAAGUCAGAGGCGUCCGGAGGAGGUGGACGUGGACGAGCUGAUGGCAGCGAUGGUCCUCAGCAGUUUGUCCUGCAGCCCGCGGCUGCACAGCCCCACACACACAGACCCCACAGCUCCUCCGAUGGACUGCGGCGGCGAGCUCUCCGACAGCGGCAGCAGCGGGUACUGGAGUGUCGGCCUCGCCAACAGCAGCCCGGCGCCGUCUCCGCCAAACGCAGAGCCCGACGCCAGUCCGGCCACGCCCUCCGACGAAGGCCUGGACAUGGAGUUGGAACAGGUGCUAUUCGACGAGCCGGCGCCACGGAAGCGAAAGAACUUUGUGAAGGUGGCGUACAGGUGUAUGUGGCCGAGCUGUGGGAAGGUGCUGACGUCAGUGGUGGGAAUAAAACGCCACAUCCGGACCACACACCUAUGCCGCGGCAGCGAGCACGAGCGUUGUUCCCGCAGCGAGGAGGAUUUUUACUACACGGAGGUGAACCAGUGGGACCCGCAGUCCCCCCCCCACACUCUCCCCUUCGGCCCCGCAUCCCCCCCCUCCUCACCUCCCAGCACCCCACAUCCCUCCCCUUCGUCUCCCCCUCCUCCCGCCUGCAGCGCCCUGAGUCGCUCCGCCCCCUCCUCCUCCGGCAGCUUCAUGCAGGUCCAAUCAGAACACUCCUACCAGGCUCCAGCUGUCGGUCACGUGAUGUCAGCAGCAGCUUCGAACACGCCCACCUGUCGCUGGAUGCCCCCCCCCACCAGCUGUCCCACACCGGUAAAUCGAGACUAAAUCAUAAGUCUUCAUCCGUGUAAAGAAAACGUGUGAGAACAUCAGAGUGUGUAACUGUGUGUGUGUGUGUUUGUAACUGUGUGUGUAGAUUUAAACUCUCCACAGCUACAUUACAUAACGCCUCAUGUACAUAUUAAACACUUGUA